GAGAGAGAGCGAGCGAGAGCAGCAGCAAGUCGCAAAAUGGCCGCCGCGGCGCCCUCACCCGUCCCGUCUGCCGCCGCCCCGCCGCCCCCCUCCGCGGCGCCCACCGAGAGCAAGAAGAUCACGGAGCUGCGCGUCAUCGACCUCAAGUCCGAGCUGAAGCGCCGCAACCUCGACGUCGCCGGCGUCAAGACCGUCCUCAUCGCCCGCCUCAAACAGGCUAUUGAAGAGGAAGGAGGAGAUCCAGAUAAUAUUGAAAUAGCUGCCUCGGCUGAUACGCCAAAUAAGAAACCAACAAAAGGAAAAGGAAAGAAGCCGGAAACUGAUGAACUGAGCGGUGAUGCUUCAGUGGAAGACGACUCCUUGGUCAAGGAGUGUGAACUGGAAGCUCAAGAGGCAAGUGACCAGGAUGGGAAUGAUGAAUUGAAAGACUCUGAAGAAUCUGUGGAAAACGAAGAUGAUUCCUCAGCAUCUAAGGCGUCGUUUCCUGCAGAGAAGAAGAAAGCUCAUUCAAAACGGGCGGAAAAGGAGUUGGGAAACCAGGGCACCGAUGUUCAAGAUGCAGAAGAUGACAGCCUUGCUGCUUCUCAUGAUGGAGAAGAAGAGAAUGAGAGAGAUAAAGCAGGUUCUGGUGAUGGCACACAAGAAGUAUCUAAGCCUCUUCCUUCAGAAGAGAGCCUGGCUGAGGCCGAUCAGUCGGCUCGCGAAGAGAUGGAAGCAAAUGCGUCUGGGAAAGAAGCCGAGGACGAUAACAUAUCGGUAACAAUCCAGGCCGAAGACGCCAUCACUCUGGACUUUGAUGGCGAUGACCUCCUAGAAACAGGUAAAAAUCUGAAAAUUACAGAUUCAGAAGCAAGUAACCCAAAAGACGGGCAGGAUGCCAUUGCGCCAAGCCCGGAGAAGGAAGGCAAGGACUAUGAGAUGACUGAGAACCAUAAAGAUGGUAAGAAGGAAGACAGCAUGAAGGGGGAUCCCGUCAAGAAAGAAGCCCGAGAAAGCUCGAAGAAAGCAGACUCUGGAGACAAAGAGAAAGAUACUUUGAAGAAAGGUCCCUCGGCUGCUGGGGCCGCUGGUCAAGCAAAGAGCUCUACUAAGGAGUCUAAAGAAAGCAAGACUGCCUCAAAGGAUGACAAAGGCAGCGCAAGCAGUGGCAGCAGCAGCUCAACUAGGAACUUGUGGGUGAGCGGCUUGUCCUCCAACACAAAAGCCGCUGACUUGAAAAACCUCUUCGGCAAGUAUGGGAAGGUCCUGGCUGCCAAAGUGGUCACAAAUGCCCGCAGCCCCGGAGCCAAGUGCUACGGCAUCGUGACCAUGUCCUCCAGCACGGAAGUGGCCAGGUGCAUCGCCCACCUUCAUCGGACGGAGCUGCACGGGCAACAGAUCUCCGUGGAGAAAGUGAAAGGCGACCCUUCCAAGAAAGAGAUGAAGAAAGAGAGCGACGAGAAGUCUAGCUCCAGCAGGAACCCCGGGGAGAAGAAGACGACCUCGAGCGACAAAGCCAGCAAGACCCCCUCCAAAAAAGACGAUAAGAGAUCCGACAAGUCCGAGAAGAAAGAGAGCAAGGACAGCAAGAAACCUGAAGGUAAAGAUGAGAAGAGCGAUAACGGAGCCAGCUGCCCUGCGCCAGAGCCCGCUAAAACACCUGAAGACAAGAAGCGAAUCAGCGCGAAAAGCCCCAGUCACAUGGUAGUCCUUGACCAAACGAAGAGAGACCAAGUGCACCCACGGCCAUUUCGAAGGGGGAGGUUUGAAAAGCCACCGAUGAUGAGGAACAAAGAGCGCUUUUUCCCAGACAAAAUGAAGUUCCGAGACUACAGAGCCCGGAAGGACAUCUUGCCCUUUGAGAAGAUGAAAGAGCAAAGAAUGCGGGAGCACAUGGUUCGGCUGGAACGGAUACGGCGUGCCGUAGAGCUCCGCAGGCGAAGAGAAAUUGCUGAGCGUGAGCGACGCGAGAGGGAACGCAUCCGACUGAUCCGCGAGCGCGAGGAGCGUGAGCGCUUGCAGAGGGAGCGGGAGCGGCUGGAAAUCGAGAGGCAGAAGCUAGAGAGAGAGCGGAUGGAACGCGAGCGCCUGGAAAGGGAGCGCAUUCGUAUCGAGCAGGAGCGUCGCAAGGAAGCCGAGCGGAUCGCUCGGGAAAGAGAAGAGCUCCGGCGUCAGCAACAGCAGCUCCGUUACGAGCAAGAGAAGAGGAAUUCCCUGAAACGACCUCGCGACGUCGACCACAGGCGAGACGAGCCCUAUUGGAACGAAGGCAAGAAGAUGGCCUUGGACACCGACGCUCGGUUCAGCCACGGCUCCGAAUACAACCGACAGCAGAACCGGUUUAGUGACUUUGACCACCGAGAGCGGGGCCGGUUCCCAGAGGGCUCUUCCGUGCCCUCCUCCUCCUCCUCCUUCGAAAGGCGCGAGCGGUUCGUCAACGAAGGCGAGGGGAAAAAGGCUCGGCCCACUGCCAGACGAGAGGAGCCGAACUUUGAGCGGUACCCCAAGAACUUCAGUGAAUCUAGAAGAAACGAGGCCCCCCAGCCCCGGAACGAACUCGGGGACACAGACCGGCGGGAGGUCAGAGGAGACCGAGACGAGCGGAGGACUGUGAUCGUUCACGAGAGGCCGGAGAUCCCCCACGGCCGCCACCCGCGAGAGGCUGGGCCCAACCCGCCCCGGCAGACCUCGUGGAAGAGCGAAGGAGGCCUCAACCCCGACAAACGAGACGCCAGGGAGAGGCCAGAAAGGUCCAGCCGGGAGGUUCCUGGGCAUACAGUGAGAGGCACUCCCACGGGGACCCGCAGCAGCACCUCCGGCUACGGAAGCAGGGAGCCCGAGCGCGGUGUGAUGGAGCGAGGAAGUGGGGGACAGCAUUACAACGAGGACCGCCACGUGGUUGAGCGGCACAGCCGCGACAGCGGGCCCAGGAAGGAGUGGCACGGCCCCAGCUCCCAGGGCAGCGGCUACCACAACCCCAGGCGGAUGGGCAACAGCCGGGCAGGAGGCGGCAUGAUGGCCCCCCACUCAAGUAAUUCUUCGCCCAUUAACAGAGUUGUACAGAUCACGGGCAAUUCCAUGCAGCGGGGGAGCAGCUCCGGAUUCAAGCAAUUCAAGGGCGGACCGCCGCGAAGAUUCUGAGCCCUCCUUCGCCCCUCGGUUUCAAGAUAACUUAUUGGAAACCUCUUGUGAACAAGAAGCCUUGGCUUGAACACCUUGUAUUUUUUUUUUAAUUUUAACAUAAUUUCCCCCCCCCCUCUUGUGGAGGCAUUUUAAAACAAGUUAGGUUGUUGGGUUUUGGAUAGUUCCUUGUACCUUUGGAUGAGCGUCUCCCCCCGUAGCACUAGGAGCACGGAAGUCUGAAUUGAACAUGUGGCAGCUGCCGUUUGGAGGGAGGGCUCAUUUUGCGCCUGUAGUUUAAUUUACCAGCAUUAGCUCUGUGGUGUAUCAGGCUUGACGACUUAGGUACUUCUCACACAACUCCCUCCCUAACCAAGCUGUACACCCCCACCCCCCAUACCGCUGGUAGAGACCAAGGUUGGGUUGGUUGCAUUUCCGGGUCUUAUUAUGUAACCUGUUUUUUGCAGAAGUUGUUCCACUGAGUGAAUCUGUAUCCUGGCUUAU